CGGCGGCGGGCGGAGCGGUUCGGCUGGGUUCGGCUGGGUUCGGCUGGGCUCGGCGCGGAGCGGAGCGGCGUUUCAGCACCACGGAGAGCGCCCCGCGCCGCGCCGGGCCGGGCCCCGCAUGGGGCUGCGCUGAGCGGAGAGCGCUGGGGCCGGCGGCGGAUGCGAACCAUGCGGCUGCUGCUGCUCGCCCUGCUCUUCUCCUCCUCCUUCGCCCGCGCCGGCUGCGACCCCAAGAUCGUCAACAUCGGCGCGGUGCUGAGCACCAAGAAACACGAGCAGAUCUUCCGUGAGGCGGUGAACCAGGCCAACAAGCGGCACGGCACAUGGAAGCUCCAGCUCAACGCCACCUCGGUCACGCACAAGCCCAACGCCAUCCAGAUGGCUCUCUCCGUUUGCGAGGACCUCAUCUCCAGCCAGGUCUAUGCAAUCUUAGUUAGCCACCCUCCUGCUCCCAACGACCACCUCACACCAACUCCUGUGUCAUACACAGCUGGCUUCUACCGGAUCCCUGUCAUUGGUCUGACAACACGCAUGUCUAUAUACUCUGACAAGAGCAUCCAUCUGUCCUUCCUGCGCACGGUGCCCCCCUACUCCCACCAGGCCAACGUCUGGUUCGAGAUGAUGAGAGUCUUCAACUGGAACCACGUCAUCCUGAUCGUCAGCGACGACCACGAGGGUCGUGCUGCACAGAAGAAGCUGGAGACCCUCCUGGAGGAGAAAGAGUCCAAGAGUAAAAAAAGGAACUAUGAAAACCUCGACCAACUUUCCUAUGACAACAAGCGAGGACCCAAGGCUGAGAAAGUUCUGCAGUUUGACCCCGGCACCAAAAACGUGACGUCGCUGCUGCUGGAGGCUAAGGAGCUGGAGGCUCGAGUCAUCAUCCUCUCUGCCAGUGAGGAAGAUGCAGUCGCUGUGUACAAGUCAGCAGCCGUGCUCAACAUGACCGGCUCGGGCUACGUGUGGCUGGUGGGGGAGAGGGAGAUCUCGGGCAGUGCCCUGCGCUACGCCCCUGAUGGAGUGAUCGGUUUGCAGCUCAUCAACGGCAAGAACGAGUCCGCCCACAUCAGCGACGCGGUGGCCAUCGUGGCCCAGGCCGUGCACGACCUCUUUGAGAAGGAGAACAUCACCGACCCCCCGCGGGGCUGCGUGGGCAACACCAACAUCUGGAAAACAGGACCCCUCUUCAAGAGGGUGCUGAUGUCCUCCAAGUACUCCGAGGGUGUCACGGGACGGGUGGAGUUCAACGAGGAUGGGGACAGGAAGUUUGCCAACUACAGCAUCAUGAACCUGCAGAACAGGAAGCUGGUCCAAGUUGGGAUUUACAACGGCAGCCACGUCCUGACCAACGACAGGAAGAUUAUCUGGCCGGGAGGAGAGACGGAGAAGCCUCAAGGCUAUCAGAUGUCAACCAAGCUGAAGAUUGUGACGAUCCACCAGGAGCCCUUUGUGUACGUGAAGCCCACCCAAGCCGACGGGACCUGCAGGGAGGAAUUCACCAUCAAUGGAGACCCUGUGAAAAAGGUGUUCUGCACCGGGCCCAACGAGACCAUCCCAGGCCGUCCCACCGUGGCACUGUGCUGCUAUGGCUUCUGCAUUGACCUGCUGAUCCGGCUGGCAGGGGUGAUGAACUUCACCUACGAGGUUCACCUGGUGGCUGAUGGUAAAUUUGGUACCCAAGAGCGGGUGAACAACAGCAACAAGAAGGAGUGGAACGGGAUGAUGGGUGAGCUGCUGAGCGGCCAGGCCGACAUGAUCGUGGCGCCCCUCACCAUCAACAACGAGCGGGCACAGUACAUUGAGUUCUCCAAGCCCUUCAAGUACCAGGGCCUCACCAUCCUCGUCAAGAAGGAAAUCCCCCGCAGCACCCUGGACUCCUUCAUGCAGCCUUUCCAGAGCACGCUCUGGCUGCUGGUGGGGCUGUCUGUGCACGUGGUGGCAGUGAUGCUGUACCUCCUAGACCGAUUCAGCCCGUUUGGCCGGUUCAAAGUAAACAGUGAGGAGGAGGAGGAAGAUGCCCUGACCCUCUCCUCAGCCAUGUGGUUCUCCUGGGGAGUCCUGCUGAACUCUGGCAUUGGAGAAGGUGCUCCCCGGAGUUUCUCUGCCCGUAUCCUUGGCAUGGUGUGGGCUGGCUUUGCUAUGAUCAUUGUGGCUUCCUACACUGCCAACCUGGCAGCCUUCCUGGUGCUGGACCGGCCCGAGGAGAGGAUCACUGGCAUCAAUGACCCCCGGCUUCGCAACCCCUCUGAUAAGUUCAUCUACGCCACGGUGAAGCAGAGCUCGGUGGACAUCUACUUCCGACGGCAGGUGGAGCUGAGCACCAUGUACCGGCACAUGGAGAAGCACAACUACGAGAGCGCCGCCGAGGCCAUCCAGGCAGUCAGGGACAACAAGCUCCACGCCUUCAUCUGGGACUCGGCGGUGCUGGAGUUCGAAGCCUCCCAGAAGUGCGACCUGGUGACCACGGGGGAGCUGUUCUUCCGCUCCGGCUUCGGCAUCGGCAUGCGCAAGGACAGCCCCUGGAAGCAGAACGUCUCCCUGGCCAUCCUCAAGUCCCACGAGAACGGCUUCAUGGAGGAUUUGGACAAGACUUGGGUGAGGUAUCAGGAGUGUGACUCCCGUAGCAAUGCCCCAGCAACACUCACCUUUGAGAACAUGGCAGGUGUGUUUAUGCUGGUGGCUGGAGGUAUUGUGGCCGGGAUAUUUUUAAUAUUCAUAGAGAUAGCUUACAAAAGGCAUAAGGACGCGCGGAGGAAGCAGAUGCAGCUGGCGUUUGCGGCCGUUAAUGUGUGGAGGAAAAACCUGCAGGAUAGAAAAAGUGGUAGAGCAGAACCUGACCCUAAAAAGAAAGCCACUUUUAGGUCCAUCACCUCCACCCUGGCCUCCAGCUUCAAGAGACGUAGGUCCUCCAAGGAUACGCCCUGCAGAAUGGUCCCUCAGGAGUGCCAGAGAGACAGGCUGGCACCAUGGAGCCAAGACAGCCCUGGGAAGCUACCGCCCCACUCUGAACGUCCUAGCGCCCACCAUCACCCGAGCUGCACAGCCUCUCCGCGGCACAUCAUCCCCACCGCCCCAGGAGGAGAUGCAUGUGUUCCCCAUAGGCAGCUCCUGCAACUCGAGUAGCCCUGGCAGCGCUGGCGCACUCCAUCCAUCGCAGCCACCCACGCUCCUGCAACCCCACAGAAGCCAUGUGAGACGCACAAACCACACAGACACCCUCCGAGCGGCACACUCCCUACAGACACGUCACCAGGUGCACAGGUCCCUUAGCGCCCCCCAGCGCAGAGCCGCUCUGCCAGCCGCGCUGCCAGCCCCGCGGGCGUCCUCCCCUGGCACGGCGCCGCCACGGCACCGCCGAGCCGGGGCCGCCGCUGGCCCUGCAGCCCUGGGGAUGGUGCCAGAGCUGGUGGAGAAGCGAGGGGGGGUUCGUGGAAAAGGUCACCUUUUGAGUGAAGGAUCAGCAGUCCCAAAGCCAAACGCUUCUUGGCUGACCAGCAGCCUAGUUUUGGGCCAGAAAGAAGCAAAAAGUAGGUCAAAGACAACUGAUUUUCUUUCUUUUUUAUUUGUUUACUUUCU